AUGGAACUUUGGGGUCCUCAAGCUGCCGACCCACAGUGGUUACCUCGGCAGCUACGAGCUUUGGCUGCCUACGAGAGGCAAGUGAACCUUGUGCCUGAUGAGCCUCUUGUGGUCUCCGACGACGACUCUGACCAGGGCAGUGCACACAGGUUGGCUGCAGAUGUGACUCUCCGCGACGCAUCGAACGAUGCAGAAAGUCAACAUGUCUGCGCGCGAACAGAGGAUCGGCCCAAGCAUGAGCUUCCUCCUGGGACAGGACCCAAGGAGGUGCGUACCUUGGUCAAGCAGCUCCAGAAGCUUGACCACGCCAACGUGCUCCGCCUCCACGAGGCCCUGGAAGACCACGCCCAUCUCUACUUCAUGUACGAGCAGUCCUCCUGCGUCACGUUGCAGUCCAUGCUGGAGACCCACCAGUGGACCCAGGAGGACAUCGUGCAGAUCAGCCGGGAGUGCGCGGCGGCCACCGCCUACGCCGCGAGCAUGAAUCUGCUGCACCUCUCCUGGAGCUUGAGCCACGUGCUCAUCCCCACCGCUUGCGCCAAGCAGCCCAUCCUUGUGAAGGUGUUUGGCUUCGGCCUCAUGGGCGUCAUCAUCAACGACACGACGGCCCCUGUUUCGUAG